AUGAUGAAAGAAGCCAAUGAACUUGCUAAUGAUGUUGGUAUCGAUCCGACAUUUCCGAUAAAAAGAGUGGUUCGUAGAAAGAAGCAUUUUGAUGAGGAUGUGGAAGCGAAUGUGGAAGGUAGUCAAUCACCGGAGGAUAAUUUUAGAGUUUCCUAUUUCCUCCACAUUAUUGAUCAAGCUCUUACAUCACUCAAAGAUCGUUUUGAACAAUUCGAGCUCUAUGAAGAAAUCUUCGGUUUUUUGUUUAAUGCAAAGUUCAUGAGCAUUGGUGAAGAAAAAUUAAUGGAACAUUGCAUUAGAUUACAAAGCUACUUGGAACACAACCAACAAUGUGAUAUACAUGGAAAAGAUUUAUUCAAUGACCUACGAGCUUUGCAAACAAUAUUGCCGAAGGAAGUGACUAAAUCAAUAGACAUCCUUGACUUCAUAAGAUCUUAUUGGGAUGAUGGUGGCUUUCAAUGUGCAUGGGUUGCUUAUCGGAUUUUGUUAACUAUCCCAGUUACGGUUGCCUCGGCGGAGAGAAGUUUUUCCAAGUUGAAAUUGAUAAAAAGUUAUCUUCGUACUACCAUGUCACAGGAACGAUUGAAUGGAUUGGCAAUGAUAUCAAUUGAAAAUGAAUACUUAGAGAAACUUGAGUAUGAUGACUUAAUUGAAGAAUUCGCUUCAAAAAAUCAAGGAGAAGUAUUUUUCUUUGAAUUAAAUUGUAACACAAAUGUAAUCUCUUCUUAUAUGAAUAUUGAUUUUGCAUGA